CAGCAACUGCAACGUGCCGGAUCGCCUUGGUCGGCUUGACCCAUAUCAACUGUCUUGCACCCGACAAGCACACCGCCUACAGAUGCCCAUCCCGAUAACGUCACCUGCUCUCACCGGCUGACUCUCCGACAAUAUGCUGCAAGCAUAUGUCACCAGAAGACUUCGCAUCCCGACCUCCCAGUGCCCUCACGCCUAGGAAAAAUAUCAGCAGCAUUGCGAGGAGAAUCCAUGAGCCAUGUCGGGCAGGCCAUCGGUGCCCCCCGUCCCUUUGUCGCCCGCGACACUCGUCUCGCCGACCACGAUCACGGAGCAUUCAGAUGGGUCCGUCACGCCCUCCUCGCGGACCUCGGCCGCUGCAGAUAAGGUGCAGUUAGCCCAGGCGCUCGACAAGAUUCAUCACUCGGCGGCACAGCAAGACACGCUCACCACAUUCAACGACAUCGCCCCACCACCAGAGACGACGACAGUCACAGACAGCAAGGGCAUAGCAGGAGAUCUUGUACAUAAUGGACUGAGUGGGCUGUCCAGGUAUUUCCGGUUCAAGGGUGACUCGUCUGGCAACACAGCCGCCAAAGAUGGGCCAAAGGACCGGGAUCGGGAGCGAGAGGUUCCAGCCUCGAAAAGCAGCCAGGACCCGGCCGACACCGACAGCCUGAAAGCACCAAGCUCCAAAGGCUCCAUCGCUGCCUCGACACGAGUCAACUCGCUCAAGGCUGGCUUCACCGUAGCUUCAGCUGUUUCAGAGCCAUCCCUUGUGACGGACAGUGCCUCUGGCCAGGCAGUUACAGAAGAUGCGUCGGCUGCAUCACAAGCUUCGAGAUCUGCAUCUGCGAUACACCAGGUUAGCAGACAGAGCCUGCGAGACUUUGGGCCCAAACCGACUGCUGCCAUAGCUCCAAUCACGGUCAGUGCUUUCAGAGGCCACUCUGACGAUGUCCGAGAUGGCCGGCGAAGAAGCAACAUCAAGAUCGUGGACGGGCAAUCUCCCAUAUCUCCGUCCGAGGGACCCAUGGCCUACCGUUCCGUCGAGUCCCUCGACAAGGCCUCUGCGCCAUUUGUCACAAAUGCAGAUGGAAGUGCCGAUUCACUUGCCAGCCCGGUGCAGAGCGCGCCAUAUGGCAACGUCUCCAUCUCGCACCCGGCGCAGGAAGGCCAGAAUCUGAGCCACGGCGUCCGACUCUCAGCCAGGGACACGCGGAGACCAGCUGUGAUAGAUCGCAUCAGUCCUUCAACGUCUCGGACACGCACUGCGCACUCCAGGUCGUCAUCCAUGUCCCAUCAGACUGCCGAGGCAAGUCCCAUCAAUACCAUCGCCCACAGCAACGUACAUCAUGAUUCCUUCGGAAACGCGGGGAGAUCCCAGCGCACAAGGGCAGGUACCCUGAAAAUACCGGGCACCACCACAGAUGAGGGCGCACCGGAAGCAGUCAGCGCCAAGCUCGAGUCUAUGCGCAAGCAGGUGCAGAGUAAAGACUUCUGGAUGGCGGACGAAACGUGUAAUGAGUGUUUCCUGUGCGCCACCCCCUUCUCAGCGUUUCGACGAAAACACCACUGCCGGACCUGUGGCUGCAUCUUUGACAGCAAGUGCACGUCCAUCAUCUCGGGGCAGCGCUUUGGGGUACCAGGCACGCUACGAGUCUGUAAGCCUUGCUUGAACAUCAUCAGCCAGCGACAGGAUGGCAAUAUCUCUGAUGAAUCCGCGGACGAUUCUUACCUACCGGGGAUCUUCCGUCCAAGCCAUGCCAAGUCUGUGAGCCUCAGGCUCCCAGAAGGUGACCGCGACGAGGACGACAGUGGGUCGGGGAGGCAUCGCGAAGCAGAUGAAGAUAUGAGAACCAUGACCACACCAAUGAUGGCGAUCCCAGCUACACGUCGAAUAGGAGAGUCUUCCAACCGCAACUCAGCCAUCCUCGAGAUCGAUGCCCCGCAGCUCGACCGUCCGAGCUCUUCCCGGUCUCUCAAAUCGAUGACAACUGGUCGACCUCAAUCUUCCGGCCAUAGGAGGCACCACUCUAAGCAUAAUAUGUGGCGAUCGAUGAAAAGCAAUUCGGACAAUCGCGCUCCUUUUCGGAACUCUGCAAAUGAAGAGGCCUCGAAACGAUCCGGCCUCUCGGCCUUUCACGACGACAAUGUGAUUGAUCCGGACCUCGCACCGUAUUUGUCCGAUGAGUCGAGCGGUGACGAGCAAAUGAGCAUAAUGGCGACGAUGGCUGGAGAUGAGAACCCUCACCCAACGAGCUUUGACCAUGACAAGCCAAGCUUCGGGCCGUACCUGGGUGCUGCGCGCAGAAACCGAGCUCGUACCCAGGUAGAGAAGAGCGUCAGUGGGUUGAGCUUCAUGAGCCGGGGUUAUGAGGACGGUAAUGGUGUGUACAACUAUGCGCGAGCCAAUCGCCGUCGCAAUCUGAGCACGGCAAGCACACAUCAUGGACGAUCCCCCCGGCCUAAAUCGUCCAGUGUUAGAGGACCAACAGCGUCAGUGGAAACGUUACAGCAUUUCGCCGAUAGCCCUUCGAACUCGACUUCUCGUCUAACCCGGAGCUCCUCGAUGAAAGGCGACAAAGAGCCGCGUCUAGAGCUCAAUCCUGCAAGCUUGUCGCAUGUGCGCAAGUUACUUCGCCAGCUGCUUGAAGAUGCACAAAUCCAGCACGUCUCAUCUUGGGAGAAAGCCUUGAUGCCUAUCUUGCUAAAGUGUACAUCUUCGGUUGAUCCGGACAUCGACCGAGGCGAUGAUAUGGACAUUCGCCACUACGUGAAGCUCAAAAAAAUCCCAGGUGGACGACCUAGCGACACGAGCUAUGUGACGGGGGUGAUUUUCACCAAGAAGUUGGCACUGAAGACCAUGCCAAGACGAAUUUCAAAUCCCCGCGUCGUAAUUGUCUCAUUCCCUAUCGAAUACCAACGCCACCAGCAGCACUUCAUGAGCUUGCAACCGGUCAUCGAGCAAGAGAAGGAGUUCUUGCGGGUCGUAGUCCACAGGAUUGUGAAUCUGAGGCCUCACCUGCUUCUUGCAGAGAAGGGCAUCUCAGGCCCAGCUCUACAGAUGCUAGCAGACGCCAACAUUGCCGUGGCAUACAACGUCAAGCCGUCUGUACUGUCAGCAGUGUCACGUUGCCUAGAAACCGAGAUCAUCUCAUCAGUAGACAUGCUCGCGCUUCCCCCGCCAGACUUCGAGACUGGCAAGAGCGGCGGAUUCGAAGUCAAGACCUACAUCAACGAAGAGAUUGCGGGCAGGAAGAAGACAUACAUCUUCCUCACUGGCCUACAAGAAGAGCUCGGCUGUACAAUUGCACUGCGAGGUGCACCGACAAAGACUUUGGCCAAGCUCAAACGCAUCACCGAGUUCAUGGUCUACGUUGUCUACAACCUCAAGCUUGAAUCGUGUCUUAUGCGAGAUUCCUUUGUUCAGCUCCCGACAACGGACACGAUCCCCACCUCUCAGUCAACGGAUGAGACGAGCUCCUCGUGGAACACAAAACACUCUAGUGCCAGCUCGGAACGCCAACGAACGCUGUCGACUAUGACACUUGAGGACGCUCCAGCCAGUCAGCCUCACAGCAAUCAGGACGCUUCCAGCACAGCCCCAUCUGAAACCGGUGGCAAAGAGCAGACGGCGACUGAGGCGGUCGACCCAACGUCCCGACUCGUUUCCUUGCACGAAACACACGCUCGAGAAUCACACGACAGCCUGGUGCCCGAAGAUAUUCCCAUGCCACAAUACUACAGCGAUGUCGUGGCCAAAUACGAGACCAGAAUAUUGUCUGCCUCCCCGUUUGUCCGGUUCUCACAGCCAUAUCUGCUCAUGAAGGCGAGGGAACAGGAGCGACGUCUCGUCCACUUGAAGCGGCUUCGUGACCAGGAUGUCAUUGAAGAGAGAGAUGAGGGCGAGAAGGCAAAACCGCAGAAAUUCCAGCUGAUCAAGCCGCACAUGGUACACCAGACCGGGCAAAAGGCCCCCCGCCAAAUCAUGGAGAUCCUUCACGCAGUGCAUGAUGCCGAGUACGACAAGGCCCUCUACAAUUACCAAACACAGACACGCCAGUGGGAAAACUAUAUUCAAGGCAACCUAGACUUGUUCGAUCCAUUCGCCCACCAGAAUAUUGUAGUCCUGCACUCGGUUGUGUGCACCGAAACCAAAAUUCCUUGUGUCGAACCCGGUCUCAUUGCGAUAGCCUUCUACGACGAACACACCGAGCACAAUAGCAGCAUGGACCCUGAUUGCACCCUAGGACAGUAUAUCGAGGACAUCAGCUUUGGCGCGGAUUCACUCUGCACUGCGAACGGCUGCGAUCGCAAAAUGCGCGAACACCACCGUACUUAUGUGCACGGAGAAGCUCGAAUCACCGUUUUCAUCGAGGAGGCUGCAAAACACAUCCCGAUCCGGCAGAAUAUAAUGAUGUGGAGCUACUGCAAAGUCUGCAAGCGAGACACGAGCGAGAUGGAAAUGUCCAGGGGCACCUGGAAAUACUCGUUUGGAAAAUACUUGGAGCUGUCCUUCUGGAGCAGAGGAACACACCUAGUGCGAGACGAGGACGAAAGCAGCUGGAACUGCCCGCACGAUCACCACCGUGACCACAUCCGUUACUUUGGACUAAACGACAAGGUUGUGCGCAUACACUACGAUCCCAUUGAUCUACUGGAAAUUAUUGUCCCGCGCGCUCGCCUCACGUGGAAGGUGGAGCACGAUCUCAAUAUGAAGAACGAGAUCUUCACGCACACUCAAGAGCGUUGGACUAGAUUCACGACAUCCGUGAAAGCAAGGCUGAAGACCAUCAAGCUUGACACCAUCCUUCCUGAGAAGGCCGAGGCUUGCAAGGCCGAAGCCGAGCAUCUCAACAAGAAGAUUGUUGAUGAUCACGCCUCACUUGUCCGGAGCUUGCAAGAGGCAUACAUGAACUCAAAGUACUACGAAGUCAUCCCGUUGAAUGCUGUAGUGCGAGAAAUGCUCGAGCUGGUCACAGAAUGGGAUGCCGCUUUUGCAAAGUUUGAAGCAGACUUCCUCCCUUCAGAAAAGGAUAUCCGGCGCCUCACCAUGCUGCAACUGCGAAAGAUGUUUACGGAGUCCAAAGAGUCACUCGCGAGCAGUGAGGCACCUUCGGAGUCCACGGAUGCCUAUGAUCGUGGCACUCUGGGAGGCAGCACUACAGAUGGGGAGAAGCUGAGCACACACCUUCCUGACACGCCCUUGGAGACGCCUUUGGAAACACCCUUGGAGACACCACAGGAGACACCGCUAUCGCAGGAUACACCCAAGGCGCCAGAAGAUACGAAUGUUACCCCUGCAAUGGCCACGCCCACGGUAGAGGCCCUCGAGAGAGUCGAGCCGCUUGACCUGGCAGCGCCUCAGACUCCAGCGGCAACGCAAAUUGGAGCUGGGACGGCAGCCGAGACCACGCUGCCAGAUGAGACGACCCCAACCCCUGUUGCGAUCCCGACGCCAGUGGCCAACGAGGUUCGGAACGCCGCUGAGGGUCCGCCCACAAGCCAAGAUGUCCUCAACUCGGCAACGCCGAAGUCUGUUACGGAGCAUCUCGAGAGGCUGCGCAAACAACAGCAGGAGGUUGUGCUGGCAGAAGCGCAGAUUGCUUCCAAGGCUGAAGCAGAGCGAGCUGAGGUCGGCCAAGGUUCGACAAAGCCGGCCACAGAACGCGCCCCCGCUCGCCGCAUGGGCCUGGCCGUGUCUCCCCCCAUGCUUCGCGCGAUAUCCACGCCCACGAAUGGCAUCUCAUCCCUGCCUAGGACCCAGUCCCAACUUGGCAUAAGCAGUAAGAUGUUCAGUGGUGCUGGCAAAGGGAGAGAAAGGAUGACACCUACCGAGGCGCCUCCGGGGAUGGAGCUUAGAAAAGUACCGACCGGCGAAUCUUCCAAGGGAGACAAGAAGCUCUUCAGCUUGCGAGGAUCACGUAAGGCGAACCAAUCCUCGAUUCCUAGAUUUGUCGGAAAGAAGGAUUCCCGUGUUUCCACGAUACGGAAGCACUUUGAGCAGUUAAGUCGGGAGUUUGAGAAAGAGCGCGAGAAGGACAGGCGGAAGCGUGCCGCAAAGAUGGGUCAAUCUCGGCCAAUGCUGCAGCACUCAACCACCCGUGCGAUUGUUCAGGUGUACGAAGACGUCGACGAGGCCGUGCAGGAGCCCAAUCCAAUCGAGGACGACCAGAAGUCGCUGGACAAGGACGCAAGCGCUUCUGUGGCUGAGUCAUCGGCGGAACAGACUGGAGAGGCGUAUACGGAUGUCAACGAAGCCUUGGGGACCGAUACCGCCACAGCUGAGACUGGAGAUAAACCAGAGGAAGCCACAACCGAGGCUGACACAGCUGAUGAGACUGCCACGGCAAGCCAUGGUCCCACCGACGACGAGCAAGGACACAGUGACACGGAGCACUCCAUUCUCGACGGAACCACUUUGGAGGAGAUUGCGGAAUCGUUGGAUUCAGCGACAGAGAUCCCUCUGGAGCUGCCGAAGCACGACAAGAUGAACUUCAUGAAAGUGCUGACAAACUUCUGGAACGAACGGUCCUCGGCUGACUGGAUGCCCCUGGACUAUCCUCUGAACCCCAAAGAUCACAUCUUUCUCGACUCGGACAUUAUAGUACGCGAGGACGAGCCAAGCUCGCUAAUUGCCUUUGCGCUCAGCUCUGAGGAUUACCGAGGGAAGAUGGCCAAGUCCCGUCGCGGUCGGGUCGAGUCGAAGCUGCGGAAAAAGAGGUUCAGUGGGCACGUAACUGUGGAAGAACAACAUGAUGCCUCUGGAGAGGAAACAGGUGACGAUGUCGACAUGGAGACGCCUACUCAACACCUUCAUGACCAGGACAACAUGGGCAUCCCCGCUGUUGUUGAGGAGCAAGGGCGACGUCCUCCGAACCCCGAACCUGCUUUGACGCCGGAAUUGACGGUGACUGAGGAAGAAGUCCUGCAGGAGAGUCUCCGCUCCGCGUCCAGCAGUCACUACAAGUACCAGUUCUCUGAAGGUGGAGCGAAGAUGUUGGUCAAGAUAUUUUACGCGGAGCAGUUUGACGCUCUUCGCCGAAAGUGUGGCGCGUCGGACCGCAUCAUCGAGUCGCUGUCACGUUGCCUCAAGUGGGACUCCAAGGGUGGCAAAACCAAGUCUGUCUUCCUGAAGACCCAGGAUGAUAGACUGGUAAUGAAGUCUUUGUCGCCUGUGGAAGUGACGGCGUUCCUGAGAUUCGCUCCUGGUUAUUUCCAAAUCAUGAACGAGGUUCUCUUCCACGAUCUACCAUCAGUCAUUGCGAAGAUGCUGGGGUUCUUCCAGGUCAUUAUCAAGAAUCCCGCCACAAAUACAGACAUCAAGCUGGAUCUUCUCUUGAUGGAGAAUCUUUUCUACGAUCGUGCUCCCACGCGGAUCUUUGACCUCAAGGGAUCCAUGCGCAACCGGAAAAUCCAGUCAACUGGAGAGCAGAACGAGGUGCUUUUGGACGAGAACAUGGUCGAGUACAUAUACGAGUCACCACUGUUUGCCCGCGAGCACUCCAAGAAGUUGCUACGCGCCUCGGUCUGGAACGACACGUUGUUCUUGGCCCGGCAGAACGUCAUGGACUAUUCGCUGAUGAUUGCUGUCGAUGAGACCCGGAAAGAGCUUGUGGUGGGCAUUAUCGACUGUAUCCGCACAUAUACCUGGGACAAGAAGCUCGAAAGCUGGAUCAAAGACCGUGGCUUUGCGGGGGGAGGCCGCAAUCGCCCUACAGUGACAAGUCCCAAGGAGUACAAGUCCCGAUUCAGAGAGGCGAUGGCUCGGUAUAUUUUGCAAGCACCGAACUGCUGGCACCAGUUCAAUGUUCCCUUGAUAGCUGCUCGGCCGCACUCUGAUAUAAAUCUUGCUGGCGAUGAUAAGACAGUCGUCGCGGAUACCCUCUGAAGUGCAUAGACAUUCAAGAAAGGCCUCAACGCACAGACUUGAUUUGUCACUUUGGGGGACUCCCAGAACUGGGUUCAAAUACCUUACGAGUUAUGAUGUCCACGAAUUCCUUGUUUGAUUCUCAUGGCAAGCAUUUGCGUAGUCUGGC